AUGGAGGAAGAGAAAAAGGAAACAGCAGACGAGCCCCCGCGCGGCUGGUGGGCGAGGCUGGGCAAGAACGAAAAGUUUCGAAAGAUGGUCGGCCAUUUGUCGUUAAUCUCCGCCCUCUUGGUCUACACUUUCAUCGGCGCUCUGGUGUUUCAAGCAAUAGAGUACGACGAGGAGGUGAUUCAGCAAGAAGCCGUGAGGGUUCAACUCAUGAAAAAUCGCCGCCAUUUUAUACAAGAGAUCCUUAAUCUAACAGAGAGCGCUGGGUUAUCCUCUAUUUUUUCUUCAUUGUCUGAUGACCUAGAAUAUCCAGAAGGAGAGAUAGGAGAAAGCCUCGCCGAAGGGGAAUGGAAAGACGAGAGCGAAAGAGCAGAGAGAGAAGAAAAAGUGUCCAUGAUUCUGAGAGAGUACGAGCAGGUCGUGGUGGACAGCGGCGACGCCCGAGUGACUCCUCUGCAAGCCGGGACAGAACCUGGUUGGACUUUCCCGCAAAGUGUUUUCUUCACUGCUACUGUUCUAACUACUAUAGGCUACGGCAACAUCGCCCCUAUGACCGUCCGGGGCAAGAUCUUCUGCAUCGUCUUCGCCCUCGUCGGGAUCCCGCUCACCCUCACGAUCAUCAGUGACAUGGGGGAGGUGCUGGCGUCGCUCGUUCCUGUUGAGACGCUGUCCAAGAUGCUGCCCAAGAAGCUCCGCCCCGUGGCCACCGUCCUGGGCGUCCUGGCCCUGCUGGUGGGCAUCAUAGCGAUGGGAGGCUGCAUCUUCGCGCCGCUGCAGAGAUGGACGUUCAUGGACGCUUUCUACUUCUGCUUCAUCACGACAACGACCAUCGGGUUUGGUGAUCUCGUGCGGGUGAGUGUGUAUGGCAAUUCACUCCACAUUUCCCUUCCUCCUACAGACGUCGGGAAGACCUGGUCCCUGAUGUGCUGCACGUUAUACAUCCUCGUGGGUCCUGUGUUCACCUCCACCGUGAUCGAGCUCGUGCGCCGUCAGUACGCCUCGUCGUGGGAGCAGAUGAAACAGCUGUCCCUUCGACUCAACACGAUUUCAGGGCCGCUUGCUGAGGCCAUGAGGAGGAUGGCGGAGACGGGGGCUGGAGAGGUGGAAGUGGACGCGGACUUGGUGAGGGAGCUUCGCGACUUGGACACCGCCUUCACUCGCGUCUUGAAGGAGGAGGAGGGACACCAGCUCGAGGAGAAGGAGCCCGAGAACGACCCUUGGACGGCGCUCCUUAACAUGGCCGCCAAGAAGAAGAGAAUCACGAUCCUGAUGUACGAGAGCAGCGUGUGAAAAUCUCGAACGUGUUUUGGUUUCGAAUCCUCUCUGUGGGGGAUCGAAUCGCAUUUGAUUUGUUUUGUUUUGUGGGUUUGGACGAAUCUCCUUUUUUGUAAUUAUUUUUUUUCUGUUCUUGCUUCGACUUUUGAAAAUAUCUGUCGCAUAUUGUGAAUAUUAGCAUAUGUGAAAUAAUAUUCAGUUGUCCACAGAAAUGAUAAAAGAAGUGUUUUAGUCAGAAAAGGGAAAAGGUAGACUUCGCAAGUCUUAACUGAAGUGAACUGAAACUAUCAGAUAUAUUCAGAGUUUAUUAAAAACCCUCUGAUAUUGCGCACCUGCACGUAAAGUUUGUUUUACCUAUAGAACUUUAAAUAGUGAGCUAGUGAUUGAGUACAUCUACAUGUAGUAGCCUUGAUCAGCUCCGGUACAGUUUUAUUGUUUCCAUAUAUAAGAAGUCUACUUUGCUAUGGCAUUAUACACACUAAACACACGUUUUACUGUUUUAUUUUUCGCUCGCUGAUUUAUUUCAUUAUUCCAUAUGCUAUGCUAAUAAUUCUUCUUGUCACAUCAAUGUCCAUUUAUGACCUAUUCCUCGCUGGACAUGACCUUGACUUUGGUGCUACCUGUACCUAUUGUGAGUUUGAAUUUUACCUUGUAUUAGACAAAUCUUUAUCUAUUAAAUA